UGAUCACCUUUUCUUGAUAAGCUUGACGCCAUUUCUAAAAUUCUACGCCAUGGGGUCGCUUAAAUUGACUCACCCUCCUUGUUCGGUUCUACAAUUAUUGGAUGGUUUUGUGCCUUAGCUUUCCACAGAAGAGGUAACCCCUUCUCCCUUUCAAUUGGUGGAAGGCAUGGCAGCUCCAGCAACAGCAGAUGUUUGUGAUGCAAAUGCAGCACACGUCACAAACGGAGAUCUCCGAGUACUGCAACCGAAAUUCGAAAUUUACGGGCAACGACGAGCGUUUUCAGGACAGAUAGUGACGGUCAAGGUAUUUGAAGACAAUGUUUUGGUAAGACAGCUUCUUGAAACGAAAGGUGAGGGGAGGGUUCUGGUGAUAGAUGGAAAUGGAAGCAGGAGAUGUGCAUUAUUGGGAGGCAAUCUAGGGCAAUUGGCUCAAAACAAUGGGUGGGCUGGGAUUGUUGUAAAUGGUUGCAUAAGAGAUGUUGAUGAGAUCAAUAAUUGUGAUGUUGGUGUAAGAGCAUUAGGGGCUAAUCCACUGAAGUCAAACAAGAAAGGGAUGGGAGAAAAACAUGUGGUUCUUCAAAUUGGUGGCACUUUGAUUCAUGAAGGAGAGUGGUUGUAUGCUGAUAGUGAUGGGAUUUUGGUGUCCAAAUUUGAGUUGUCUGUUUGAAUAGAUAGCCUGAUUUGAGGAGGAGAUCACAGGAAGAAAAAAAACACUUUCUAUUGCUUGUUUCUUAGGCUUUGUUAUUGAGUUCCUUCCAAGUGUAUUGGAUUAAGUUAUGCUAUCUCUUUCAUUAUACACUUUGUAUUUGUGAUUCUAAAUGAAAGGGUGAUUUGAAAGUCUA